GCCAAUGUCAACAAUGCAGCUCCUAGAGGAGAAAAGGCGUUUCAUCCCAACACAUCCAGCACACACCCACUGAUCCACUGAUGCCUGCGGUCCAGUAGCAGCAGCAGCGGUUCUGGCUGCAACAACAAUGUGGACUCACUCUUAUUUCUGAGGGAUUGAAACGCAGACGAGCAGGAGAGAAAGAAACAAAAAGAAGCGGGGUGCUGAGAGAGAGUGAUGUCGGCAGGCGAGGAGCGGGAUGGUGAGGCGGCAGCGCCCGUGUACGUGUACGAAUCCAAGGUCCACUGUGCCAACGUGCUGUUGAGCCUGGAGGAGCAGCGGCGGCAGGGCAUCCUGUGUGAUGUCACCGUGUUGGUGGAGGGCAGGGAGGUGCGUGCGCACAGGGCUGUCCUCGCCGCUAGCAGCCGCUACUUCCUGCAGGCCCUGCUGGGUCACAACGGGUCACAAGGCGAAGCGGAGCCCAUCAUUAACCUGCCAGACAAGGUGACCGCUAAGGGUUUCGCUCCACUGCUCCAGUUUGCCUACACAGCCAAGCUGGUUUUAAGUCGGGAAAACAUCCACGAGGUCAUCCUGUGCGCUGACUUUCUGGGUGUUCACAAUUUGGAGGACAAUUGCUUUCGGUUCCUUCAAGCCCAGCUACAGAACGACAGCCAACACGCCAGCAACGGCAAGGUGGAAUAUGAUGAUGACAUCACGGCCGAGGAUGCGGCCUUUUCUGAGGGAAUAUCCUCGGACGAUUCUGCAGAGACGAGGCAGCAGACCAAUCACGUAGCCGGCACUGCGUCGCUUCCCGCUGACCUUUCUCAAUGUCCUAAAUACAGGAAGUAUCAGUACCAGAUCUGUGAUGACAAGCACAACGGAGAAGACCAUCAUGACAGCGAUGAUGUCAUCCUGGCCAACCAUACCUCAGUCAGCCCUGUGAGCUCACAGUUGUUCAGAGACAGCAGUGCUGCGUCACAAACUCUUCUUACACCUUCCAGGAUCAAAGAGGAACCGUUUGUGUUCGAGGAAGACGGAGAUGAAAGGAGCGGUUGCAACCCAGAAUCGUGUACCGAGGAGGUGCUGGAGAUGGAGCUAGAGGUAGAAGGGGUUCCAGUAGCAGCCGAGCACUCUCCGAGCCGAGGUUCGCCCUCUUCCUGCCUGCGCUCCUACCUCCAGAGAGGCGGCCUAGAUCUCAGCGGCGUGCCCAGCACCACCAUCCAGCAGCUACUCACCAACAGACUGUCCCUCAACCACUACAGGGAACUGGUCAAAGACCGGCAGAGGGAUAAGAGGGAAUCUCUGGGUCGAGCGGACCUCAAGACGGGCAUUGCAGAUGUCAUACCGACAGCUGGCAUUGGCAAGAACAUGGAAAGGCCAGUGUCCAAAGCCUCCUCUUCUAAACACGAGGGGGAGCUAGACAGAGCUAGUGUCAUUUUCUCUUCAGCAGCUGGCGAGCAACAAAUGUUGGCCCAUUCUUACAUGGACGAUAAGUUACGAGAAAAGGUCUCAACCCUGAUGCAGGUGGAAGCUCCUUCUUCUGGUCGGUCGUGCCUCACCACCAGCUGCCCCGUUCCCAUCAAGACAUCAGCCCACUCCCCACCCCCGUCUGAGCCCCGAACCCAGACUUCCAGCUCCCGUUCCUCCUUCUCUUACCCAGAGGACGCAGGCAGUGGUAGCUCACCUUUCAACCUCCCCCAGUUUGACUUCUCCUCGUCCCCACACUCAGGCUCCACCUCUGGACUUUCUCACUGCCUGGCCGGGGUAGUGGAGCAGAGGAUCCCCCACAGCGGAGAGUCGGUCUUCUCUCAGGGUUGCACCAGUAUCAAAAGUGAACAGGGAUUUGGUGCCAGCGGCGGCAACUCCAGCGACGAAUCAGGCUCCUUCUCAGAGGGAGACAGUGAAAGUGGAAUCUCCAGAGUCUCCGGCCCGGAGGUGAAGCUGCCCUUCCCCGUGGACCAGAUCACCAACCUGCCACGCAACGACUUCCAGAUCCUCAUCAAGAUGCACAAGCUGACCUCAGAGCAGCUGGAGUUCAUCCACGACAUCCGCCGCCGCAGCAAAAACCGCAUCGCCGCCCAGCGCUGUCGCAAGAGGAAGCUGGACUGCAUCCAGAACCUGGAGGGCGAGAUCCGCAAACUGGUGUGCGAGAAGGAGAAGCUGCUGAGCGAGCGCAACCAGCUGAAGGUUUGUAUGUCGGAGCUGUGGCAGAACCUCUCUUUCCUCUCCCAGCAAGUGUGCAGGGAGGUGCAGGGCACCCAGCCGCCUCCCAUCUCCGCCAGCAUCGACCUCACAUCCAACCCGCCAUCGCCUUCUUCUGACGGGGGCUCAUCCCAGCCCAGGUCACCCGUGUCGCAACAAAGCGAUACCGCAUGUCUGUCCGACGUGGGUCCCAGUCAGGGGGGGGCGGAGGACAGGCAGCAUCCUGGGGUGGAGGUGUCGGGUCUGGGGCAGGAGAACCCCGAGUGUCCACUGGUGCUGGGAUCCACAGAGGAGGUAUGUAGCCCCACUGUAACAGUGGAUUUCUGUCAGGAAAUGACUGAGAAAUGUACAACAGAGGAACAGAAGAGACAGAACUGUACUUAGAGUCUGGUGGCAAACCGUUUGGUCUAUGACACCCUCAUACUUCUCUAUACCUUGAUAUUUGAAGUAUUUUUUUUCUUUUUUGUAAUGGAUGACACAAGCGUUGUCUUAUCAGCAAUACUGUUCAACAGGUAUUUUUGGACUGGUGGUAAAACAAAAGCACUGGCAGCUUUCUCUCUUCUUUUUUCUUUCUCUGUCUCAUCCUGACUUUUCUUCCUGUCAGCUUCCCUCCCUCUCUCGUGCAUCAUGGGAGGUUAAACUCAGGAAUUCCUCAGAAUGUUCAGUAAUGUCCCUGUUAACAUGAACAUGCACUUUACUUUACAGUCCUGUCAAAUCUUGAUAAUUACUUCGGUACAUACAUUUGAUUUGUAGUAAAACAGAAUUCAUAAUUUAAUAAUAGAAAUCAUUUUAAUAAUUCAUAUUUGACCUCUAAGUCAGUUUUAAUUUUCAGUAUCUGGUUCGCUAAAGCAGUGGUUCAACAUUUUUGGUAAAUAUGCACGUUCCCGUUCUUUCUGGGAGUGAGAUGUUCAGACGGUUGUCCAUCUCAUGUUUGUGUGUUAAGUACAAAGCUGGAGUCAUGACGUGGUUAGCCUAGCUUAGCAUAAAGGCUGGACGCAAGGGAAAUCAGCAGUGAAAAAAAAAGCAUGCAGAGUUCUACAUCCAUCCAGAAUUUCUGGCUAUAGCUACCAGAUACAGUUGGUUUUGGGUCAAACCUGGCUGUGUUUACUGUUUUUCCAACCCACUGUAGAUGAAACCAUGCCCACUUCUGUAUGACAAAAGCCUGACGCAGUGUUGACUGUGCUGUGAUUGGCUAGUAGUUGUUGUUGCCUCCACGCGUCCUUGUGAUUGGAUGCUAUGCGGAAUUAUGAGCUCUCCUGCGCUGUGACAAGAGCGUGUUGAUGAAGCAUUAAGUUGUUCAAAUUUACUCAUUUAACAGCUGGCUAGUUAGCUAGAUAGCUAGCUAAUUCAACCAUUCUUUCAUGCUACACUGGUUACAAAAAAUGAGCUGAUUUGCCUCACUCCAAGCUGCUAGGAGACUAGCAGCCACCA